CACAAGAGGGUCGCAGAAGGAUGUCCCGGCUACCUGACCUGCAAGACGAAGAGGCGGCUGCUUCCCCCGAAGCGCAGGACGUGGCCAACUCGGACGCGGCAGUAGUACAGAGCUGGGGAUCUGAUCAGCACAAGUAAAAAGAGAAGGAUGGAGGACAUCUCUCAACAUGUGAACUAAAACUGUACUUUUGGGGAAAUGGAAUGUGGCAAGUUGCUUUCUUUCAGUGGCAAGGAAGCUACAUUGGGAGAGAUUCUUAGUGUUUUUGCAACCUGAACUGAUUUAGUGCACCAAGAAGAUGCUGUGCUAUUGGGGUGAGAUCCCAGUUUCCUCCAGUCAAACCAACCGCAGCUCCGUUGACUUGCUUCAGCGAGAGUUUCGCACUGUGGAGGUCCAGGACCCACCAUUACAUCAGCCUUCAGCCAACAAGCCCAGACCUACCACCAUGCUGGACAUCCCUUCAGAGCCCUGUAGCCUCACCAUUCACACCAUCCAGCUCAUUCAACACAACAGACGGCUGCGCAGUCUCAUUGUCACGGCUCAGAUGCAGAACCAGCAGCAAGCAGAAGGCAUAAAGAUGGAAGAAAGUGAGCCACUGCCCUCUUGUCCUGGCUCUCCUCCGCUCCCAGAUGACUUGCUUCCUUUGGAUAGCAAAACACCCAAGAUGCCAUUUCAGCUGAGGCACAGUGACCCAGAGAGUGACUUUUACAGAGGCAAAGGAGAGCCAGUCACUGAGUUGAGCUGGACUUCUUGCCGUCAGCUUCUCUACCAGUCUAUAGCGACUAUUUUGGCCCAUGCAGGCUUUGAGUGCGCCAAUGAAAGUGUCUUGGAGACACUGACGGACAUUGCUCAUGAGUACUGUCUGAAGUUCACCAAGCUUUUACGUUUUGCUGUGGACCGAGAAGCUCGGCUUGGGCAGACACCCUUUCCAGAUGUCAUGGAGCAAGUGUUCCACGAAGUGGGCAUUGGCAGUGUGCUCUCCCUGCAGAAGUUCUGGCAACACCGCAUUAAAGAUUAUCAUAGUUAUAUGCUACAGGUUAGCAAGCAGCUCUCUGAGGAAUAUGAGAAGCUUGUAAACCCUGAGAAGGCAGCAGAAGACACCAAACCAGUCAAAAUCAAAGAGGAGCCAGUCAGUGACAUCACAUUUCCCAUGAGUGAGGAGCUAGAGGGAGAUCUAGCAUCUGGGGACCAGUCAUUGCCUGUGGGGGUGCUUGGAGCUCAGAGUGAGCGUUUUUCGGCUAACCUGGAAGCAGAAGCCUCUCCACAAGCUUCAGGUGGUGAAGUGAAUACUUCACCUCUGUGGAACUUGGCUCAAGUGAAAAUAGAACCACAGGAGAGUGAGGAGGGCAAUGUCCAUGGGCACCAUGGGGUCCUGGGCAGUGACGUGUUUGAGGAGCCUAUGUCUGGCAUGAGUGAGGCUGGCAUGCCUCAGAGCCCAAAUGGGUCUGAGAGCAGUUAUGGCUCCCAUUCUCCAGAUAGCUUAAUGGGAUCCUCGCCAGUCUUCAACCAGCGCAGCAAGAAGAAGAUGAAGAAGAUGUAAAUUUGGUGGGCAAUAAUAUGAACUGAAUAAGACUCUAACCAAGAGGUUCUGCUCUGAAUUUGAAAUUUUGGAGUGGGGAGGUGCUGCAGUGCUUUAUCCUAUCCUUCUCACUGCCUGUCUGCAGUUUGCUUUGAAUGUGCUCUGGAUACACACGCACCUCAUCUAAUAGCUCUACUGAUAGCAUAAAAUGAAACCAGCUCGUAAUUCAGACUCUCAGUAUAAUUAGAGGGUUUGGUUAAACAAAGAUCAUCGGCUUGAGGUCCUUGUUGAGUAAAAGAGGAUUGACUUUGCCUAAAGCUAGCUGUGGUAGUAAAGUAAUGUUUGGUUCAGAUUGCUGGGAAUGCCCAUGGCAAUAUGACCUACUGAGCUUUUCUCUGGUUGGACAUUAAUUUAUUUGAGAACAGUAAGCCUGCUUUGGUGCUUGCUUUCUCUGUAGUAUUUGAAUGAUAAUUGUCGGUUAUAUAAUUCUGCAACUAAUAUUUCAUGGAAUCUUUUCAAUUGAAUCAGAAACGGGAAGGAGCAUAUGUCCAGUAUGAAUCUGCAUUCGAACUCACAACCUGCCCCAAAUUGGAAUUUGUAAAUUUCAAGCUUCAGGCAUGCUAUUUCUAUUUUCCAGUAUUAUCUUUUUGUUGUUUUUCCUAUUCAUAGGCUACUACAUGUAUAAGUUCUAUCUAUAUACUUCCAUGAAGCCAAAAAAAUCGGGAUUCUGUGGCAAAUAUUAAUUCAGCAAAUUUGUUUUGCAUCUGCUGGUCAUGUGGAAAUACCAAAAGGGAACUAAAGAUUUGAUACAACCAUUGGAAAAUCUUAUUGUGCUUCUGAGAUUUCACUAGGAGAGUUUGGGCUUGAAAAUCUAUUUUUUGAAAUCAUUUAAGUUUACUUUAAAAAAAUUAAUUCUGAGUUUGUAUUAUGUUUGUGUGGAAUAGCAGGUGUCAUCCAGGCCUGCAUUUAUGUCUCUGAUUAAAUAAUUCCAUAGCUUUUUAUACAAAUAUAGAUAGUCAGCCAUGUUGUUUUGCAAUAAAUUUGCUAGCCCAUAAAGAGUUACUGGGGAAUAGGAACUUAGUUUUACCCUGAGAGCUCUGAUCUAGAUUACCCUCAAACCAAGAAAGUACUGGCAGCAUGUCUCCUAUAGACUUUAGCAGACUGCAGAAUACCUUAAAAAUAACAGAUUAAAGCAAUGAUGCAUACCUUAUUAACUGCUGAAAAGGCACAACAACUAAAAGCUAGUAGAAAUGUUGCGUUUUAUAUUUGUAAGUAAGAGACAUCAUUUAAUUGCAUCUACAGGUUUCCAAAGCUGCAGCAUGAGGAUUUCACACCUGUUUUAAAACAUGUUUGAUAAUGGAAAAUCUUGCUUACUAGCUAUAUGACUUUUCCAUGUGGCAAACUCUUGGUCCAUAAAAACAGGACAUAUGGCCCUGGGGUGCUAUGAGCUCAAAGUUAAUAACCUAACUGAAUUCUGGAACCAUUAAACAACAGUAUAAUAUGUAGUACUCUUAUUAGUGUUGGCAGAACAUAAUUAACCUAUUCCCACGUCCAUCAAUAAUAUAUCUAAUUCUCAACAAGGCCAAAUCUGUGAAUAUUUAAAGCCAGGGUGGAGUUAUGAACAUGAACAGACAAGAAAGAUCUUUUUUACAAACUUAAAAAAGCCCGACGUUUGCAGAAAAAUCUGAAAUUGGGGGGGGGGGGGAGCAGCACCUGAAAUUUAAAAAAAAACCCGAAUGCCCUCCGUAGCUGUUGCUAGGUAACCACACCAUAUAGGCAACCUUGGAUGUGUGGUUUCUGUCAGUAAAAUGCAGGAGAGUGGUGAGGCCCUUUCCAUGGCAGUUUUGUACGAGGGAGAACUCAUGAGAGCGAGGCCCAGCAGCAAUCACUGGGUGACUUGCUACCACCCAACUUACAUGACUUGCCUAGUGCUGACCACUUGGUACUGUUCAGAGGCAGCCACUACAUGAAAGUCAGUGUGGGGUAGUGAUUAGAGUGUCAGACCAGAAUCAGACCAGAAUCUGGAAGACCCCAGUUCGAAUCCCCACUCUGCUCUGGAAUCUCAUUGGGUGAUUAAGUCAGUGACAUACUCUCAGCUUAACCUGAUUCAUGGAAUUUUUGUGAGGAUAAAAUGGAAGAGAGGAGAAUGAUGUAAGCUGCUUUGGGUCCCUAUUGUGGAGGAAGACAGGAUAUAAAUUAAAUAAUAUAGCUGAAGAUGGGUCAAUGAGUGUAUGGAUGGGAAAAAGACGGAAGCAGGGAAAGGUUGAGGAUGGGCUGCCUGAAGGCUGGAAAAAAGAAACUCUGUGGAGAAGGGGAUACAGGAGAAAGUGAGGUACUCCUUGGACUGUAAACCUCCAGGUGGGCUUGGAGAUACCUUGGAAUUCAACUGAUCUCCAGACUACAGAAAUCAGUUUCUCUGGAGAAGAUGACUGCUUCGAAGGGUGGAGUCUGUGGCAUUAUAUCCUGCUGAUGUCCCUUUCCUACACAAAUCCUGCCCUCUCCAGGCUACACUCCCAAAUCUCUAGGAAUUUCCCAAUCCUGAAUUGGCAACCCCAAGUACCUCCCCACAAGUUUUCACAGGUCCCUCACUGAGCAAUUGGGCCUGGCCCUGCAGUUGACACUGUAACUGGGGCAUAGUUUCCUGGAUAGAGGCUGCCAAGGGGGAGGGAAGGAGGGAAAGCUGAAGGGGGGCAGAUAAAAAGCAAGUUGGCUGGUGAAUAGGAAGGAUAGAAAGAAGCAGGAAAAGAGGAGAGGCUAUGGGGGCUCCCAGGGAAAGAAAAGAGGAAAUAGUGGGGGAAGGAAAAGGAAGUCCGUCCCCCUCACCAUAAGUACUUGUGGGUACCCUGCUUUAUAUUUUCUGUUCUUCAGGGAGGUUUAUUGAUCACUUCAUAAGAAAGUUUAAAAUAACAAAAUGGAUUUUAAAGUAAGACGAGAGGUGUGCACAUCCCACUACCUGGAAGAAAGUCCUGCUCUGUUCAAAGGACUUUAAUCCCAAGGAUGCCCCAGAGUGCAGCCUUAAAGCUUUUGGUGCCUAAUCCCCUCUUAAUUUUAGUUAUACUCUGUCCUUGAUUUUUAUUUUUCUAGCUCCAUAACCUCCAUAUCUCUGUUCUCUGCUCUCCAAAACAGUCAGACCCAGUCAGUGGAUAAGCCUGGUUUUAUAUGGCUGCCUUAAAAGAUUCUUGUGAAUCCCAGGCACCUCUGCCAUCAUGGACACUGAAGCAUUCCCAGGCUAGUAAUGGACUAUAAACAUCCAUGCUACAAAUUUUAUACUAUAAACAUCAAGGAAUCUAAGGAACUGCAAGGGUUCUCUUUUUUUUAUUCCUACCUGCCCUUAGCAGAACUACAGUUCCCAUGGUUCCCUAGGAAAAUAGCUGUUAAAACUACUUUGAGCCUAUAUGCUCUUGUCUUCAGUUCAUUUCUGGGUUCCUUUUGGCACCAUGCAUACCUGUGCAACCACCACAGGCAAGAACUAGCGGUGCUGGUAUACUUCAUGUUUGUAUUUAAAUACAGAGGAAAAGUCAACCUCUAUUGAUUUCACAAUGUAGCUACAGUGUAAGUGGGAGAUGCGGUAUUGAUUCUCUUUUUCAGAGGGCUGUUUAUGCAGAAAGAUUAGAAAUGUAUCAGCCUGGCUUGUAUGCUGUUUUUAAACCAACAGUAAAGUUAAUCUUUACUUUUUCUCUUCCCUGUAUGCCCCUCCCAAGUGCUACCUUAAACAUGUGUAUGCUUGCGGUUGAUUUUCUUUCUUUUUGCACAUUCUAUGCAAUGUUGCAUACAUUUUCAGUGACUUUUAUCAUGAGCAAAAGUGACAUUUCAAGGUUGAUUUGGCAAGUCACUGAGGAUGAUUUUUAGGAACCAAAUGAGAAUUUGCUUAGUUGAUGGUAGAUACAGAAAGCUUUAAUCAUUAGUAAUUGAGAAAGGUGGCUAUAAUCCAUCUGUAGGCCCUGAGUCUGUUAAAAGUCCAGAGAACCACUGAGAAAUGUGAGGUCUCUGUCUUUUGUACGCUCUUAAUAGCCAAUUUGUAAGGUUCAUAAAGCUCAAGCCAUUUAAGACUUUUUAAAAGCAUUUCGUAACAUGUAUGGAAAGUUAGGGCAGACUCUGAAAUUUGACUGAAAUACUAUUGAUGAUUUAUCACCAGGAUAAGAGCUACCAGAUGGAGCAGGGAAACAUCAUUUUUACCUGUAUGUAUUUAAGACUUAACAUUGUAUGUUGCAUUUAAUGGAGUAACAGAUAAAUGGGGAAAGGGAGGGGAUUCAGUUCAAUGUGAGAAAGCCCUGCUGUAAUCUCUUGAACCAGGUGCAGCGAUUGAAUCUGGAUUAUUCAAGGACUGCAAAACAUGAAAGGCAGGCUCCGUAAAUGAGAGCUGAAGAGCACUCUAACCAUUGUAACUACUGCGACUGCAGUGCCAAGAGAGAGAGCAUGGUAUAAUAGUUAGUCCUUUCCUGGUAUAGUGGUUAGGACUCAAGAGAUGGGCUUAAACCCCAUAAAAAUGUAAUGAAGGAACAAUUCCAUAUAGGCCAGCUCAGGUCACUUAGUUGGGAAGGAAACCGGUUAGUGUCAACCUAAGCAGCAGUCAUCAAAAGAUAAAGAAUAAGCACAAUUUUUCCUGCCAGCGUCAAUAUACAGCAUACAAUACUGUGAAGUCUCAGUAUGUACAUGUUAAUAAAAAUGAGUUCCUGCCAAA